AUGGUGGUGCUCGAGCCCCGAGGCGAACACAAGGAUGGCUUAGGCCGGCUACUGUACAAGUGGCUGGAUGCUUACCACGCACUGUGGUGUGUGUUCCUGCCCGACGUACUCGAGCUGGGUGGCGAGUCUACCGUGAAAUACUGGCGCGGAUCGAGGGCCGAGUGUCGGCGCUCGGUCGAUCGUGCCUGCUGCGUAGGCCGGGUACUGUGGGCGUUCCUAACGCUAGCAACGUACGCCGUAUUCUACACUGUCAUCUACGUGUAUGACUUGGUCGAGAAAGCGUGCCAAGGAGCGGUGGGUGUGGGCGUGCUACUCCUGACUCUGAACUACAUAUUGGCGGACGGUGGGCUGACAGCCGACGGUGGGUUGAGCCCUGAUGCAGUCGUGAUGCAGUGGAGCUGCGUGGUGGCAACGACUGGGGUCGCCAGCCACUUGCUGAAGUGCUACGAGGCGGCGUCGGGAGUGCGUUCGCCUGCGAAGAUGGCGGAGGAGAGCUACGCCGACCGGCUCCGCGACAUCGAAGAAUUGCAGCAAGCCGAGCGUCUGAGUGAAGCCUUUUGGCGUUCGGACGGGUGCGUCGGGAAACCGAAGCCUGUGCGUACUCUGAGUGGGCUGAGGGCGGAGCAGCGUGCCCUGCGCGCGAAGAUGAAGGCGGACAAGGAGGAAGAGGACGCUCGACGAGGACGUCGAGUCUCAGUCGGGGAGGAUGUCCCGAGUGGGAACGGUGGUCACCGUCUCGGGUACGGUCGCGGCCGUCCUCCGGCAGCCUGUCAAUCAGCGCGUAGACUACUACUUGAGGAUCAGCUGUUCGAGGAUGAGCUGACUGAGCAGUCAUCGGACUUUAGCAAGGAUUAG